GCAUCUAUAUAUCAAAUGCUGAUUGGCUUGGAUAUCGAAGUAACAAGAAAUGAUUGUCAAAGUGAUGCCAGCAAAAAACAUAAAAAUCAACAAGUAUCUGGUUCAAGAGGUAACAAGCCAGACUUAAUGGUCCAAGCAUUUUUCAAACAAAAGUGGAACAAAAUCGCAUACGUCAAAAGCGGAAAAUGGAAAUCAACAGACACAAAAACCCAUAAUGAUCAUAAUAAGUUGGCUUGUUUCACCUCAGACGGGUAUGCUGAUUUGUCAAAAAAGACCAAAAAGGAUAAGCUGUAUAAAUUCUGCAUUGUAUUUGGUAUAAAUAUUACAGAUGACCACUGUGUUGAUGUAUACAGAUUGUUACAAGAAAAAGGUAUAAAGUUUUACCUCCCUAUCAUAAAAGCCAAGAUUCCUUUACAUAACGAAUCUGUGGAUAAAGUUGAAGAAUUUGUGCAUGCCUUAUUAAUCUUGCGGGAUACUGAAUCAAAGUUGUUGUUAGAAUCAGUCAAGAUUGGCAGUGAGACAGAUGAAAAAAAUAUACCGAAUUCCACUGAUAUCUCUGCAGCUAAUAAACCUAUAAUAAAUCUUAGUAAAUUUUUGCGUAAAAAAAACAUGGAGCCACCUGAAAACAUUGAUACCCAAAUUAUUCCCAUAUCUUUAGAGGAAAAAUCCUAUAACCAUAUACAGGAAGUUGAAAACGUGACUCUGUAUCUUGAAAAACAAGAAGAGACAAAGUCUCAAAUCUCCAACUCAUCUACUAUUUCUUCCCCAGUUGAAAUGCAUCCUCAGAUUUCAAUGGGAGGAAUAGGGGCAAUUCCUGUGGCAGACGCAGUAGCAACCUCACUCUGUGAGAAUAGAGGUCGAGAGCUUUCAGGGAGGACUGGUGCUUAUAUUUCAGAAUUAUCCUCAUUUGAACCAAAAUAUUAUCAAAGUUUUCAGGUUGAUGAAUCUAUAAUGUAA